AUGUCUCGUGCAGGCCGAUUGCAGCGUAUAACCAUUGACACGGACAACGUCCAGCCCGUAACUCGCGAUGGCGUUGCUGCGGACGUGCCCAAGAGUCUGCCGACUCCAAAGGCCAGCAACACGCACCCUUCCACCCCAGGAGGGGAGAAUGGAUCUAUCUACUUUAUAGGAACGGCAACUACCGUCAUAGAAUGGAAAGGCAUGCGGAUCAUGACUGAUCCAAACUUCCUCCACGCCGGCGACCACGUCCAUCUCGGCCCCGGCGUCUGGAGCCAGCGCAAGACAAACCCAGCCGUGGAUCUACAUAACCUGCCGAACAUCGACAUAGUCCUGCUCUCGCACUACCACGCAGACCACUUCGACCAGCACGUCGAGGAGUCGCUGCGACGGGAUAUACCUAUCAUCUCGACGCCGGAGGCGAGAUCGAUCUUGGGUUCGGGGGAGGACCCGUUUACGAACCUCUAUGACCUGGACCCGUGCCGGAGGUUGAUCGUGAAUCUUAAAUGCGAUUUACCGGGCCCUGAAAAGCCGGGGAUGGUUAUUGUUGCGACGCCGGCCAAGCAUGUCCCUGAGUAUCGGCCGAUCCAGAUGCUGAAUGAUUUUAUUGGUGCGAUCCCGCCCACCAACGGCUACGUGAUAGAGCUGGGCUACGGCGACAACCCGAUCACCUUCAAGACAUGCUACCGGAUCUACAUCACCGGGGAUACGCUGAUGCACCAGGAACUGAAGUAUGUUCCCAGACACUAUGGCGCAGAUGUCGACCUGAUGCUUGCUCAUCUGGGCGGGACGACUGUGCCCGGGCCGUGGAUGAACCCGUUCACCGUGAUGCUGACGAUGGAUGGGAAGCAGGGGACGGAGUUGGUGAAGGAGGUUAGGCCCAAGGUUACGAUCCCCAUCCACUAUGAUGACUAUGAUGUGUUUGCGAGUCCGUUGGAGGAUUUCAAGGCCGAGAUUGCGAAGGCGGGGCUGGAUGGUCGCGUGGUGUAUCUGGACCGCGGGGAUGAGUACCGGUUUAAAGUACGAGAUAUCGAGGACGCAAUUGUCGCAGAUGCCGGUGUAUAUUCUAACAGGCCUCCUGAAGGACCGGCUUCCUGA